CAUCGGUGAGUGUUCCUCUAAGUAGUUUCGGCGGCCUAACUGCUCGUUACAGACCACCACCGUCGUCCUUCAUCGAGCCCUACGUCCAUCUCGACUGCUCGAUCUCCCCAGAUCAGGACGAGCGCGCGCGUGUGUUUGCACGCACACAUUCUCUCCGACAGCAGGGACAUGCGAAUGCAUAUCAACCGGGACAUCAUCGAUCAUCCCUCAAGACGAGAGUGUCGCGACUCAGUGGCGGGGAGUCACCGCCCUCAAGACUGUGAGCCCACGUUGCCAGCAACCCUCAAGCCUGGCGACUAUAAGUCUUCUCUCCUCAUCAACCCCCGCUCUCUACCACCGUCGUCGUUCUUGCCGUCGUUGUCAGUAGAUCUCGACCCCUCUGUCCGCCCUCCGUCGUAUGCGGCUCCCACCGUUCGCGCUAUUCCGUCGUCCAGCAUGAUCACCCCGUAUGUGUCCACUACCACACCGUCGACGGCCUACCUCGCCGAUCCGCUCAACGCAUACGCGCACCCCAGCGUGCCAUGAUGUCUGCCCUCUCUAGCGACGACCCGCCGACUACAACAUCCACCGACCGCAACAUCCGUCCAAGCCGCUGGGACAGACACCCCCUGUGGUCAUUCCCUUCUCGAAG